CCACCUGGCCCCCUGUUUGCUCUCCAGAUGGCUCAUCUCUCAUAAGCUGCCCCCGGUGUAACGUUUUUCUGAGCUGUGAUUUUUUUUCUUUUUUCCUCUGCCCCUCCUUUCUUUCCUGUCUGCUGAUUUCUGACACUGGGACUCCUCCCUGAAGGGCUGCGAUUGACAGCUGCAGCAAAUGCCCUGCGUCAGGCAGGAGGAACAAAAGCAGAUUGUGAGUCCCUUCUCCCUCUGUGGGCCUUUGUGCUUUCCCCCAGCAGCCGCAGAAGGGCUGAUCUCUCCACCUCUCCUCAAUGCCGCCUGCAGCUCUGUGAGGGAAGUCUCUGGUCCCGACGAUGGAUGAGUCCAGGCUGAUAAAAGAAGAAUCCAGCUACAGAAUGAGCAGCCUUGAAAAUGCAACACGGGAGCAGAGCAAAGAAAAGCUGCACAUGAAACUCUGCAGCGGGUCCUGCCAUGCUGAGCAAAUCCUCCAGACUCUGAACUCCUACCGGCAGAGCGGCAUCUUCACAGAUGUAGUGCUCUUGAUUGAUGGGCAGGAGUUCCCCUGCCAUCGUGCCACCUUGUCAGCCAACAGCGCCUACUUCCGGGCCAUGUUUGGCGGUAGCCUCAAGGAAGGCCAUCAAGACAUCAUCAGCAUCCAGAAGAUCUCUGCCUCCACCAUGAGCCUCCUUCUCGACUAUAUGUACGGGGGAAACAUAGUAAUCCAGGAGGACAAUGUUGAAGAUAUCUUAGAGCUAUCCGACCUGCUUCAGAUCUCCAAGCUCACAGAUGCAUGUGUCACCUUCCUUGAAGGCCAGCUUCACCCAUGCAACUGCUUGGGCAUCCUGAAGUUUGCUGACUCAUUCUCCAUUGCCUCCCUAGCUGAGAAGAGCAAGCGGUUCAUGCUGGAAGGCUUCGUAGAGGUGUCCUGUCAUGAGGAGUUCCUGGAGCUGAGCAUGAAGGAUCUGGUUGAGUAUCUGUCAGAUGAGCAGCUGGUGGUCCCCAAAGAGGAAGUGGUCUUCGAAGCAGUGAUGCGGUGGGUACGGCAUGAUGCCGCUGCUAGGAAAGAGGCUUUGAAGGAUCUCCUUGAGCAUGUGCGCCUCCCUCUGCUGGAUCCCAUGUACUUCCUGGAAAAGGUUGAAAUGGACGAGAUCAUCCAGGACUCCAGGGAGUGCAUCCCUCUGCUGCACGAAGCGCGGAAGUACUACAUUCUGGGCAAUGAAGUCAGCUCUCUGCGGUCAAGGCCUAGGAGGUUCAUGGAGUUGGCAGAGGUCAUAGUGGUUAUAGGCGGCUGUGAUAAGAAAGGCCUCUUGAAGCUUCCCUUCACGGAUGUGUACCAUCCCAAGAGCAGGCAAUGGACCGCACUAUCCAGCGUACCAGGCUACACCAAAUCAGAGUUUGCAGCCUGCACCCUGAAGAACGAUGUGUAUAUUUCAGGAGGGCACAUCAACAGCAGCGAUGUUUGGGUGCUGAGCUCCCACCUCAAUGUCUGGAUCAAAGUUGCCUGUCUGCACAAGGGCAGAUGGAGACACAAAAUGGUGACUCUUCAUGGCAAGAUCUAUUCAGUGGGGGGGUUUGAUGGCUUUUACCGCCUGGCCAGCGUGGAAUGCUACGAUAUGUACUCCAACAGCUGGUCUGUCGUCGCCCCUUUGCCGGAAGCGGUGAGCUCGGCGGCCGUGGUCCCCUGCAUGAACAAGCUCUAUGUGAUCGGGGGUGCUGUGGAUGACAGCGCAAACACAGACAAGGUCCAGUGCUAUAAUCCUGAGGAGAACAAAUGGACGUUCCUGUCUCCUGCCCCCUUCUAUCAGAGGUGUAUUAAUGCUGUCUCCCUGGACAAUAUGAUUUAUGUGGUGGGUGGACUCCUGAGUAAAAUCUUCAGCUAUGAUCCCAGGAAAGACACCUGGAGAGAAGUGGCCACUCUCCCAGGACCUCUGGAGAGCUGCGGGGUGACUGUGUGCGGCGGGAAGAUCUACAUCCUGGGCGGCCGGGAUGAGAACGGGGAAGGCACGGACAAAGCUUUCACCUUUGACCCAGUGACGGGGCACGUGACUCAGCAGCCCCCUCUGCAACGCUGUACUAGUUACCACGGUUGUGUUACCAUUCUCCAGCGUGUGAGCAGAUGACCCUGCCACUUCUUUCUCCUGUCCAGGAAGAAUAGCCCUGGAGAAGGCAGCUACCCUCCGUGCCAAAAAAAAUGACCCUUUAUCUUGUUCAUUACUGAUCUGUGCCAGUCUAUGUGGAAGAGCAGGGCCAAGUGACCAAAGCAGGCAUGGU